AACUCCCAUUUAGGUCCGUCCCCUGCCGGAACUAUGCCUCACGUAAGCCACGUAAUCAAUGACCCUGCGCCUCGCGAAGUAGUCCCGGAGUUCAGGGCGCCCUCCGUACACACUUUCCCAGCUCCGGAGGUCCUCAGAAGAGAGCGCCUCGGAGGUGCGCCGCGACCCUGACCGAAGGGCAAAGUGGCUUUCCUAACCCGUUUCCUUCAGAUUCCUCCGCCAGGACGCAUAGCCACAGCGCCCUCACUUCCGGGUCCGCCAUUUUACUGCCUCCAUUUCCCUGCAGGGGGGGGAAAGGCCCCCCAAAUAUGCAUAUGUGAAAAGGCCAAAAAGUGAGGCCACUGGCAAGGAGCCUUAAGUCAAGGGAACAAAACGGGACCAAGCUGGCGGGCCCAGUGAGAGCGAAGCCGGCAGCGCUCCGGACGAGACAGAACGCCGGUGUGAAGAACUGAAGGAUAGAUGACCGAGGAGGAAGUGAGAAGUCUCCUUUUCUAAGUCCAAUAACGUGAACGCUUUACUACCUGGAAACUUUUGUUUCUAUGCAUAAAGAUGUCUCUGGUGGACUUGGGGAAGAGGCUGCUAGAAGCUGCAAGAAAAGGCCAAGAUGAUGAAGUGAGAACGCUGAUGGCAAACGGGGCUCCGUUCACUACAGACUGGCUUGGAACAUCACCUCUUCACCUUGCAGCCCAGCAUGGUCAUUAUUCCACCGCAGAAGUGCUCCUCCGAGCAGGCGUGAGCAGGGAUGCCCGGACCAAAGUGGACAGAACCCCUCUGCAUAUGGCUGCAGCCGAUGGACACACACACAUCGUGGAGCUGCUUGUUAGGAACGGUGCGGAUGUGAAUGCCAAGGACAUGCUGAAGAUGACAGCUUUGCACUGGGCCACGGAGCACCACCACCGCGAUGUUGUUGAGCUGCUCAUCAAAUACGGAGCUGAUGUCCAUGCAUUUAGCAAAUUUGAUAAAUCUGCCUUUGACAUAGCACUGGAGAAAAACAAUACUGAGAUUCUGGUCAUUCUUCAGGAAGCAAUGCAGAAUCAGGUGAACGCUAACCCCGAGAGAGUCAACCCAGUGACUAACCCUAUGACUGUGGCUGCUCCACUCAUCUUCACCUCUGGAGAAGUCGUUAACCUCGCUAGCUUUGUUUCUUCAGCCAACACCAAAGCGACCUCAGCUAAUUUAGAGGAAAUUGAAGAUGGAGAUUCUCUUGACUCCUCAAUCCAGCAAGUGGUAGGGAGUGGAGGCCAGAGGGUCAUCACCAUAGUGACUGAUGGAGUACCCCUGGGUAAUAUCCAAACAUCAAUUCCUACUGGAGGCAUCGGCCAGCCGUUUAUUGUAACUAUGCAAGAUGGACAGCAAGUUCUAACUGUGCCUGCUGGUCAGGUUGCAGAGGAGACGAUAAUUGAAGAGGAAGAAGAGGAGGAAGAAAGGUUGCCACUGGUGAAGAGACCAAGGAUGGCAGAAGUGACGAACAGUGUUGAGGAAAUCAAGGAAGACAGUGAAAGAGAGAUACUGCAGCAGCAGCUCCAGGAGGCUAAUCGAAGAGCCCAGGAGUACAGACACCAGCUCCUCAAGAAAGAACAGGAGGCAGAACAGUACCGUCUGAGGCUGGCGGCUAUGGCUCGGCAGCAGCCCAAUGGAGUUGAUUUCACCGUGGUUGAAGAGGUAGCUGAAGUGGAUGCUGUAGUAGUGACAGAAGGGGAAGUGGAAGAAAGAGCAACAGAAGUGAUGAAGUCAGGAAGGACCACAGAGCCUCGCACUAGUGUUUCCAUAGAAACUGUUUCUUCAUAACAUGAAAAGGCCACAGCUUGCACUCGUGUGUCUUAUUCUUUUUACGAAGAGAAUAGAGAGGGCAAGUACUGUGUACAAGUUAAGACUGACCUUGAGAUCCUAACAGUAGCAGGGCUCAGUGCCUGGGCCCAGGAACACUAUGUGCAGGUGGAAAACUCAGGGCCACAUUAGGGCCAUCUGAGGGACCAAAGGACCAGGACCAAAUCUCUCAGCUCACAUCAUUGCUUUAAACAGAGUACUGGGCAUUGUGGAUUGAUUUUGUUUUAAAAAUAACUACUUUUAUAGCAAAAGAUUUUAAGAUAAUACUUGUAAUGCAUAUACACCAAGAGCCUUUAAUAAUUAUACCUGUAAAUUUUUAAGUGACCUGAAAAUUUGCCUUAGCUUUAUGAAACCAGUUAGGUUGUAGGAAACCUCCUCUUGAGGAAGAGUAAAAGAUACCAUAUAUUCCAGAGGAGCAGGACACACAUUCUCCGAGUUAAUCUACUGCAAAGAAAGUGUAAGCCAGGCAUGCAGGUAUACACCUGUAAUGUCAAGCUGAGACAGAAAGCUCGUGAGUUUGAGGUCAGCCUGAGCUAAAGCAAUUCCUUCAACUCCAGGUAUGGUGGUGCCAGCCAUAGCUACACAGUGAGAUCCCGUCUCCAAAUAAAACAAAGCAGGAGUGGAGAGUUGGAGAGGUGGCUGGCUAAGACUGUUACUUGCUCUUCCAGAGAACCUAAGUUCAGUUUCCAGCACCCACAUUAGGCUGCUCACAAGUACAUAUAACUCCCAAACCCUUUUCUGGCCUCAGUGGAUAUCCACACAUACACAUAUAAAUAAAAAAAUUUAAAGUUAGGUUAGUUGAAUGCAGUGGUUCACACUUUGGAACCUGAGGCAGGAAGAUUGCUACGAGUUUGAAGCCAGCCUGAGCUCCGUAGUGAAUUCCAGGUCAGCCUGAGCCAAAUGUGGGACUAAUGUGAGAACAGAAAAUUCAAUCAAGUGUGGGAGCACACACCUCUAAUUCUAGCAUUCAGGAGGUAGAGGCAGGGGAAUCUGAAUUCAAGGCCAGCCUAGUCCACAAAGAGAGUUCUGGGAUAGCCAGGGCUACAUACAGAGACACUGCCUAUUAAAAAAAAAAAGAAGAAGAAGAAGAAGAAAGAAAGAAAGAAAGAAAGAAAGAAAGAAAGAAAGAAAGAAAGAAAGAAAGAAAGAAAGAAAGAAAGAAAAAUUAGCAGAGACUGACUUAUGAUUGUCUGGUAAAAUAUAUUUCCAUAGCUUAGAUACCAGUUUAAAAAAAAAAAAAAAAAGCAGCAGGCAGAGUGGUGCAUGCUUGUAACCCCAGCAUUUGAGAGGAUGAGACAGAAGGAUCACUGUAAGUUAAAGGUCAGCUUUGGUUACAGUAGAAUCUUAAACAUUAACAACAAAACCUCUGAAAUGGCCAGGCAUGGUGGUGGUGGCUUCUCGUCCCUGCACUUGGGCAGAGUCAGACAGGCCUUUGGGCCUUUAACUAACCUGAUCCUCAUAGUGAGUUCCAGGUGAGCCAAGGUUACUCAGAACAGGGAAGAGAAAAAAUAAAAAGAUGAAAAACCGAGGACGCAGCUCAGUGGUAGGGAUGGCACUAAGUGUGCAAGGAGCCUUGGGCUGUACAUACACAACAGAACGAGGAUAGGAGUGCAAAGGAAAAACAGUUGACAUCAGAUUGUUAAAUGCUGGAAAGAAAAUUUACUUAUGUGGGAGUGUGUGUAAAACCCACACCCUCCAGGCUGUGCUUACAGAAAGAGGCUGCUGAGCUCUGAAACUCUGGUCUUGAGAUGGAAACUAUACAUUGGCUGGAUGUUAUGAAACUGCAAUAAGGAGAGCCGUGGCUGUCCUAACUAACAUGUUGCUUCCAAACAUCUGUUUAUAUGAAGUCAAGCUCAAACUCUCUAAAUUGCGUAAAUUUGGCUGACUUGUCUGUGUCACACAGGACACUGGUACUUUCUGUAGCAUCUACCCUGUCAGAAGGAAAGGAGUAUGGCAGACAGAAGCCAGACUGCUGCUGUGUAGAUUUGCUGCUGUCUGAUUCUGCUGGAGUGAAUUGCUGCUGCUGUUAGUAUGGCUGGGAGAGCUCUGCGCUUUCAGGACAGGCGACAAAGGGAGCUGUCCCACUGCCUCAGAACAAGGAGCCACACAUGCAGGCCCAUGCUGACCUCCCCUCUCUAACUCUGCACAACCUGUCUGUUCAGACACUUGCAAAGAUUUCUAGUGCUGGGUUGUUGGUUUUGAGAUGGCGUUUGGGGCAGGUCUCUUUAGUGUGAAGUUUCAGGGUUUUGUUUAUUUGUAUAGCUGGACAUGUUACUUAUGCCUAUAAUCUCAGGACUCAGGAGCUACAGCAGGAGGAGUGACAUGAGUGUGAGGCCAGCCUGAACUACAGUGUGAGAACCUGUCUCAAAAACAAGACAGCUGGGCACUGUUGCUCAUGUCUGUAAUCCCCAUUCAGAGGGUCACUGAGGGUCGCUGGGGCUCACAAUCAGACUACGAGGCAACGUAGCACCAUCUCCCUCUAGGAUAGCAUGGACCACAGAGACCUCUCCUACAGAGAAAAGGGCUGAGACCAUAGUCCAGGAGGAGAGCCCUUGCCUCAUUUUAUGAGGUCCUACAUCCAAUCUCCAGGACUGCAAAAACAAGAUAUUAAAAAAUGUUUAAACAGAAUGUGAUAGUACAUGUCUCCAAUCCCAGAACUGAAAGAGGAAGGCAAGAGGUCAAAGGUUGAGGGCCACCCUUGAUUAUUUAUCAAGUCUGAGGCCAGCUUACACCCCGUCUCCCCCAAGGGGCAGAGGACUCCAGAGAACAUGGUUGGGAAGAAGUUAUGUAGAGCUGCUUGCUUUAUUGCAGAUUAGAAAAAAACCAGAGGGACGUGUGCCAAGUACACGCUUGAAUGACUAUUGAGAAUAUGGUUUCCUAAUUAGUGAUCAUGAAGAAAGCAUGCAUUUUAAACAGGGAAAAAGCUUGACACUUAACAUGGUUCUGUUUACCUUGAUUAGUGGAAUAAUUUGUUGCAGUGUUCCAGAGGUCUAGAAUCAUUUUUGGCUCAAAAUAAUCUGCAAACAUAAUUCUCCAAAUAACAUUUAACAAAUAGAAUUGACUAUUAGAGGUUUAUAGGCAGAAAUAACCGUUUUGAAAUUCAUCUUGGCUGCUGACACUUUGGCUAGGUCUGCUUUAUGGGUCUGAACAUCAGGGUUGUUUCUACUGCGUUGACAGUGGAGGAGGUGUGUAUGGCUAAGGAUGGAGCUGUGUCUGCUGUGGAUCCUUCUGUUCCUGUUUACAGAGCUCUUGAGGAACCCUGAGAUGAGCUGCUAGCAAUAAGCUAUUGUGUGUGGUGUUUCAGAGCCUUAGCUAACUAGAGGGAGCAAGUUUCUUUUUAGAUGGGAUUGUUUACAUUCUUAGAGCAUAUGUUGACUUUCAUUCCCUCCCUUCUUUUAAGGGACUAGAUAUUAGCCCUGCAGAGGAGAACCACAGCUUGCCUCCUGGUUACCUUGGGUCUUCACUGUGGGGACAGGCUCUGUCCUCCUGCGCCUCUCUUCUGAGCAGAGCUGCUUUCCAUCUUUAGGGGGACCAGUUUCAUUAUUCCAAGUCACUUUGAACAUGAGAUCUCUGAGAUAGGGAAGGAGAGACGCAGUGUUUGAAAGAGGCUGACAGGAAGGCCCUCCCGUUUACUUGGAAUAGACCGCCUAUCAUGUCAAAAAGGAAGUAGGCUUUGUUCUCCAGUCAAACUACCAUGAGUACAAGACGGUGUGGGAGAGGAUGCUUUCAGUUAGUUUGAAAUGAAGUACUGAAUAGCCAAGCAUGGGGCACGUGUGUGAAAUCCCAGCACUGAGGAGGCUGAAGCAAGAGGAUCAAGAGUUAGAGGCCACACUGGGCCACGUGUCCACACUGUCUCAAAAACAAGGAAAAGAUGGGGCUGGAGAAAUGGCUCAGUGACCAAGAACACUUACUGUAUACACAAGCUUGAAGGCCCAGAUUCAGAUCCCAGCACCCACUCUAUCAACCCAUGGUGGUGUGGUCCUGGGGCACCUGUAAGCCUAGCCUUCUGGAAGGCAGAGACAGGAGGAUCACUGGGACCUGUUGGCUGCCAGCCUCCCCAAAAAAAGUGAAUUUCAGGUUCAGGGAGAGACCUUGUGUCAAAGGAAUAAGGCAGAAAGUAAUGGAGGGGGCACCAGUCUUCUCUUCUCCCCUCUGCCCAUAGUCUAAACAUGGACACACACAUAUGUCACACACGAAAAUAACUAAGUAGAAAUGAAGUAUUGAAUACACUGAUAACAGUUCAUGACUUCACCUAACCUUCCGGGUCAGCACUUUUCUUUGCUGCUUUUUUAAUUUUAAAGCAGGGCUCCACUCUGUAGUCCAGGCUGGCCUCAGACUCAGAGCAAUCCUUCUGCCUCGGCGCCUUGAGUGCUGGGACUGUAGGUGGGAGCCUCCUCUUCUGGGUCAGUUGAGAAGAUAUGUCUUAGAUCUUCUUGAGUUAAGACAUCUCAGCUUAUCAGGAAAGCUGGACCAGUGAGAAUAAAGCAGCAGAUGAGGGGUUCAGAGCUGGGGCUCAAGCAGAAAGAAUGCCAGGCCCAGGACUCAUCUACAGUAAAGCUACUGCAGGGAUAGUGAUAAAUUCAGGGCUGUAGACUAAUUCAGUUAAUUGUAGACGCUACAUUUGCAUCUUGGUUGUAAGUCUUUACCCACAAAAAAGAAAAAGAAAGUUACAACUUUUGUCUUUCUGACUUGAGGGAAGUUCAUGACAAAUACAUGUGUCUCCGCCCACAGCCCUGCCUCUGUGGGGUCUCAUUGUCAAAAUGCCACAGCAGAGACCUCACGGGCAGCAUCGGAGAAAGCAGCUACUGGGGUGUUUUCUCUGAACUCAGUGCCUUAAAAGAUACUCUUCUCUGUCAAAUGUAUAUUUACUUUUUGUUUUGUUUUGUUUCUAGUCAGGGUCUCACUAUGCAGCUCAGGCUGCCUGGAGCUUGCUCUGUAGACCAGGCUGGUCCUCAAAUUUAUAGAGAUCCCCUUGCCUCCUGAGUGCUAGGACUAAAGGCAUCUGACAGCAGAUAGUUUGCUGGGUGCAUAUUAGCAUAUUUGUGUGUGAAUACAUAAAAUUUUUCUCAGUUUCCUCCUUGAGGUUCAGCUCUGAAGUAUCUGGGAUAACCUGGAAGCUUAUUAAGUAUAUAGAGAGGAUUUCUUUGAAAUCUCUUAAUCCAAAGGGGUACAGUGGGGCUUGGGGUGGUGGGGGAAGCAUUGAAUAAAGAUCAGUGUGGGAGUUGAGCCCAAAAGAAGCUGGCCCGUGCUCUUGGGGAAGCAAGCAGAUAAGUACAAAGACUCCAUUGUCUGCACAGUGACAAGGAUCAAAGUGAGUUGCUGCUCCAUGGCCGAUAGCCUUUUACUCCUGUUGAAGCUACCUUGAUACCUGGAAACCCCUCAGAGCCAGACAUGGUGGCACACACCUUUAACCCCAGCACUUAGAAGGCAAAAACAACUGGAUCUAUGAGUUCCAGGAAAGCCUGGUCUGCAUAGUUCCAGGACAACCUGGUCUACAUAGUAAGUUCCAGGCUAGCCAGGGCUACCCAGUGAGACCCUGUCUCAGAAAAGAAAAGCUCUUAGGUUCCAGACAGGAAAGAAAGCCCAGGUGAGGGGCUAUGGACAGACAGACGCACUGGGCCUCUGCUUUCCCAGCUCAGAGUCUCAUCACAUUGAGAAGUAACUCAUUCUGAGAAAGCUUAUGCCCCUGUCCCCUAACGGCAGCCAUCUCCAAUGCUAGAAUAGCUGAGGCACAUGGCAAACUCUUGUCAGAAGUUUAACAGUGAGCAGAAGUCACUUUUUGUUCCAUUUUAUUGGACUAGCUUGCUGUUCUCAUGAGGACAGAUAACCACUUAGGCCACCAGUAUGCACUUUAAGCUCUGAGCUGCUUUUUCUGUUUUGUUUUCUUCUUUGAGACAUGAUCUCACUCUAGCUCAGGCUGACCUGGAACUCACUAUGUAACAGGCUAGCCUCAGACCCCCAGCAAUCUCAUGCCUUAAACUCCUAUGUACUGGGGUUACAGUGAGCCACCAUGCCAGACUAGGUCUAGCUGUAUUUUCUGUGGUGCCUUACCACUUUCGUCGUAUGCACUCCAUUUCCUGUCACUUUACUUACCAGGAGACCAAAAGCAAGAAGGACAGGAGUUAGAGUUAAAUAGCUUUGAGCCUCUGGUGCUGCCCUUUGAACAGUUUUAGCCCCUCCAGAGCUAGGGGGAAGAAGAUAUUCCUAAACUUUAUAAUAGUAACUUGCCUUGUUGCUAGCAGGGACUUGCGACCCUCCCUGUCGUCCCUGCCCCUCCCCCACUGUUCCGUUUCUGCUUCCCCACCUUCUUAGGAAGGCUUUGCCAGGCACUGGAACAUAGUCCAUCAUCUCUGAUCUCUGGGACCCACCUUUUCUCUCUGUCCUUCCCAAACUCACGUGUUUUGUUCUGAGGUGAUGUUUCUGAGAAUCAAUGAGGUCAUACUCUGUGUUGACGCUUGGUUUCUGGCAUCUUGGGGUGUCAACUGUUACAGUAGCAACACUGCUCCAGCGCUGGCCUUGCCCAGUGGGUCCUGCCAAGGCCAUUUAGAGGCAGAUGCCUGGAGAUUCUUUUCACAGUGUCCUCUUGUUUUUCACAUUGUCUGGCAGCUUUAUGUACAGUCAACUUUCAAGAAAACAAAAGUUUCUUUUUUAUUUAGGAUAAAAUAGUUGGAACCUGGUGAGCAAGCUUGUAUGUACAUGUGUGUGGAUGGCAUUUGUGUACAUAUACCUAUACAGAUUAUAUUAUAUACACAGUUUUGUACUAUCAUUUAAAAUAAAGACGUUUGUUAAUAAAAUGGCA